AUGGGGAGCAGUGUCCACUGCGAAGAUGCAAGAAUCAAAGACCCGGUGGUGGUCGAGAUUGCACGAACGCGGAACCUUUACAAAUCGAACCUCUUCCGGCUGCAACUGGAGGAGCUCAUUAAGGAGAUGACGCCCAAAAAGCCGCCGCCGGGGCUUGAGGCGGCUCUUCAUGCUCUGCGGCCGCUGCUUCUGGAGAAGCUCCGGGCCAGAGACAUUCCAGCAGACUUUGCCCAAGAGUUCCCGGCGCUGCGCUUCAUGCAGCGGGGCGGGGCGGCUCCCUCCGCGCUGCGUUUCACGGCGCCGAGGCGUAUCGACGUGGUCGGCAGCUUUCUGCUCGGGACGUACACGAAAGAGGAGCUCACUGUGGAUGUGGCAGUCGAGAUGCCCUCAGACAUCUUCCGAUCCAAGGAUUACCUAAACUUCCGGUACCACGACAAGCGCGCGGCCUACCUCGCGGAGCUGCACCGGCAGCUCUGUGGUGGGCUUCUUCGAGGUAGCCAGCCGCUGGUGGCCCUGAGUGCCAGCUUCGAGGCCCUGGCGGGUGAUCCGCUGCGGCCAUGCCUCUGCCUCCAACCGGAAGAUGAUGCGAGGUGGACCAUCCGGCUGCUGCCCACCUAUUCUGCAGACCUGUGGCCGGUGCGCGUGUUGGGGCCGGACCGAAACGCCGUCCGCCCCGACCGGGCUCUGGAGAAUGGCGGAGUGCCAGCCACCGCCCACUACAACAGCUGCGUGCUCGAGGAUGCUCGCAUGCGGCAGCAUCUGGAGACCUUGCACUCGAGCCUUCAGCGGUUUGCGGCCCUGCGCGACGGGAUCCACCUUCUGAAACGAUGGGCCCAGUGCUGCGGCUUCCUGGCUGCGGCUUCCGAUCGGGCCGUCUCAACUCCGGUCAGCGGCUUUCUCCUGUCCAUGUUGGCGGCACACGCGGCGAAUACCGCCGGCGUGGCCCCGAUGCAGACGUCGUCCUUUCAGCUCUUCAAGCUGACCCUGAGUGUGCUGGCCACCACGGAGUGGAAGGAGCAGAAGGUGACCUUCGGUGUUGCCGGGGCCGCCAAGCUUUCCAGCACGGAGGCGCAGGUUGCCAGCGCUCACUUCUAUGAUGCCGAGGGUGCCGUGAACUUCCUUUACCGAGUCGGGCCAGUCGUGGAGGAGCUGCAAUGGGAGGCCAAGCGGGCCCUCCGUGCGAUGGACUCCCAGGCUGACCCUUUCGAGAUGGUCUUCGGCUGCCAAGCCACGCCUGAGCUGGCGUGGGAUCUCUGCCUCAGGCUACCUCAACUUUCGAGCACGGCGAUGUGCCCAGAUCUGAGGACGGAGGCACCUGCUGGCGAGGUUCCCCCCGGCUUUCCAGCUGAUAUGCCGGAAGCCCUGGCAACUGCAGAGCACUUGCGGUCCGUGCUGCGUGCUGGCUUGGACGACCGCUGUGUUCGCUCGGCUUUGCGCUGGGUGGGACAUCUCCAGCCUCGCUGGACAGAGCGGCCGCCGGAGACCGGCCCGGCGGUGCUUGUCGGCUUGAUCUUGGCCCCGGAAAACCUGGAGCGCGUGGUAGACCGAGGGCCAUCCGCCCAGGAUGCCGCGGCAACGAAGUUUCGUCAGCUGUGGGGUACCGAGAAGAGCGAGCUGCGGCGCUUCAAGGACGGGAGCAUCCUGGAGUGCGUGGUUUGGCAGAAACCUCCGGCGGAGAGGACGGUGGAGACUCGAAAGCAGCCGGCCGUGGUGACGCAGAUCGUGCAACAUCUGCUCACGCGGCAUCUGCCGUCUCAGCUGGCACCGAAGACGGACAUCAUCUCGGGACCCACCGGCUUCGUGCCGAACCUCGCCGAGAAGGACCGUCGACUGUGGGCUGCCUUCGAGACCUUUCGCACGCACCUCUGCCAGCUGAGCUCCCUUCCGCUGGCUGUGAAGGACAUCCACCCCGUAGAUGCCUCCUUCAGCUACAUGUCGAUCCAGUCCACCAUUGCGCCCCCAGCGCCAUCGGGCAGCGAUGCCAAGCUGCGGCGGACGCUUUUGGAUACCGUGCUGGAGUUCGAGUCCUCUGGGCGAUGGCCGUCCGAGCCGGCCCCUGCGCAGAAAGUUGGAGCCGCACUGCUGCUGCAGAUUCGAGAGGAGCUUUCGACAGACCUGGGCAUCGAAGCGGAUGCCACCGAGGGCUUUCUGGAUGUGCGCUACCCGGAGACGGUGUUCCGUCUGCGCAUCUUCCACCCCCAUGAGCUGCAAGAGGUGGCCAACAAGGUCACCGGGCUACAGGCUCAGACCACAGCGCCCGGCGAGGCAGAGCUGGAAAGACUCCGCACUCUCUGGUGGCGGCCACGGCUCCGUGCCUCUUUGCAUGCCCAUGCGCUACAAAAGCCAGCGAUGGCUGGGGCGGCCCGGCUCUUCAAGCGCUGGAUGGCCUCGCAGAUGAUGUCGGGAUACGACGAGUUCUGCGAGCACUUGGUGUCCGCAGUUUUCCUUCAUCCGGCGCCCUUCGAUGCGCCAAGCAGCCCUCACGUCGGAUUCUGCCGCGCCCUCUGGCUGCUGGAUACCUUCGACUGGCAGCGGGAAGCGCUCGUCAUCGACAUCGAUGGAAAGCUCACGGAGGAGGAGCGUUUGGGCCUCAGGCAGUCUUUCGAGAACCACCUGGACACGGCGCAGAAAGAUGCCAGCCUCCUCCGCUUCUGGGUCUCCACCCGCCUCGAUCCCCACGCGCUGCUUUUGGCGACGCCGCCAUCCACCGUGGCAAGUUGGCUGAGGCGCCGGGCGCAGGAGGCACUGCGAAGCUUUCACGCACGCCUGUUAGGCCUGGAAGGUAGCUGGCGCCAAGUCUUCGAGUUGGACACCAGCGCCUUCGACGUGGUGCUGCAACUACUGCCGCCACUGGAGGUGGGUAGCGCGCCUGCUGUGACCCAAAACGGGGAUGAGGGCAAGCGCGAGAUGCUGCAAAUCGUCUCUGCGGAGGCUGCCGAUGCGCUCGUCCAAGGCAGCACCCCCCUGUCAUGUUUUGUUAGGUUUGCUGCUGUUCCUGUCAUCGGUCAUGCGACUCAAGCACUCUUGGCCCCUCCUGCCGCUAUCGGCCCAACGUGGCAGCACCGAGGUGUUGAAGCCUUUGUGUUCAAGGGCAUAGGAACGCACCACGGACUGUUUACCGUUUGGCACGAUGGGUCGGCAGCUCGAUGCGUGGAUGUUGGAGCAUCUUGA